AUGGCAAAAAUGAAGUUGGAUCUUUCUGCAUACUUGGUAACUGACUCCACUAUGAUACCGGAGUCUUCGAGUUUCUUAUCGCAAGUGCAACAAGCGGUCGAAAACGGUGUAACAAUUGUGCAACUCAGAGAAAAGAACAUUCUGACCAGAGACUUUAUCGAUAGGGCCAAGGAUGUUUUGAAAAUUACCAGACCCCGUGGUGUGCCUUUGAUUAUCAACGACAGAGUCGAUGUUGCUCUCGCAGUAGAUGCAGAUGGUGUUCAUGUUGGCCAAGAUGAUAUGCCAGCCCGCAUCGUCCGUCAACUCAUCGGCCCCCAUAAAAUCCUAGGCGUUUCGUGUGGCAAUGAGGAAGAGACAACAGAAGUGUGUGAGCAGAAAGUGGCCGAUUACGUGGGGCUAGGUACGUUGUACCCAACGCAAACGAAAGAUGUUAAAAAUGUCUGUGGUCCGAUUGGUGUGAGACGCCUGCUUCAAGUGUUGAAAAAGUACAAGGAACAAGGCACAUACGUGCAAUCCGUUGCUAUAGGAGGCAUUAACUCCUCAAAUGCGUCCAAGGUCAUGUACCAAUGCCGUGUCCCCGGUUAUGCAGUAAACGGAGUUGCUUUCGUGUCUUGCAUCAUGGCAGCACCCGAUGCCACCCAGGCGACGAAAAAACUUUUGGACCAGCUCAAGAAUUCACCUCCAUGGGUAACUGCUUCCACUGCAACAUUGGAGAGCCUCCAGAGCAAACCAUUGGUACACCACAUCACAAAUAAUGUUGUGAAACAUUUCAGUGCCAAUGUCACUUUGGCAGUAGGAGGUUCACCCAUCAUGUCCGAGUUACCAGAUGAGUUUGAUGAGCUUGCAUCCCUACCUCUUCCUACUGCCCUUGUGAUAAAUUUAGGAACUCCAUCUUCAACGCUCAUGUCUGUUUUCCUUGAAGGAAUCAAGGUUUACAAUAACCAUGGACGACCAAUAGUGUUUGAUCCAGUUGCAGCAGGCGCAUCCAAGGCAAGAUUGGACGCUUGUAGAGUUCUACUCAAUGCGGGCCAAGUUAGCGUGAUCAAGGGCAAUCUUGGAGAGAUUUUGGCAAUUGAUAAAUUGACCAGCAGCUCUCCGUUCGCAAAAGAGGCCAAUUUAAUGAGAGGUGUGGACUCCGUUGCUGAAAUGGGUCCUGCUGAAAUAAGCGAAGUGUGCAAAAGAGUUGCGUUGGAAUUCCAGUGCGUCACUGUUAUCACUGGAGAGGUCAAUCACAUUUUCGACGGCACUCGGCCAGACUCUCAAGUUGUUACAAUUCAGGGCGGAAGCCCGCUUAUGGGAUCUGUUGUGGGAAUCGGAUGUGCUUUGGGAAGCGUCAUUGGCGUAUUCGUUGCAUGUGCUCAGGCUCAGAAGGCUCAACUUGGUCAAGCUGUUGAGUUGGCGUUGAAAGUUUAUAACCUGGCAGGGAGACAAGCAGCCGUGGACCACAAACAGGGUCUCGGGAGCUACAUGAUCAAGUUCCUCGACGAGUUGUCCGAAUCGGCGAAACCAUACGCAUAA